CGCAUUUCAAGCCACAGUCGGCAUAUCCCUUCAUUCUACGUAUAUCCCUUCAAACCACGCACAUCUCUUCUUUCCUUACUUUUCAGCCCCUUUUUCGGACUUCCGAAUGCCCUCUUUUCUCCCUUAUUACUUUGUUCGGCUGAUGAACGGUGUUUCCUUUGUCCGUUUUCUCGAGUGUCAUAAGCUGGCUGUGGCUUGAAGAGUGGCUCAAAUCUGGGCGACAUGUUCUUAGCCAACAGACCACUCUCAACCCCUUUCGAUUCUUCCUUCUUUUCUUCUUUCGAUCAGUCAAACCAACAAUGGCUUCGUCAGCUACAGCGACCAAUGCCACCACCCUCUACAAGCCCGUUCUGACACGCCCUUCAGAAUGGCCCGCAUGGUACACUGCCCUGAAAAAGGUCGCCGGCGACAGAGGCCUCAGCGAGGCCGUUGACAUCAAGAACACCAACUGGCUCCCACUCCCCAAAACCGUCUUCUUCAGUUACCAAGACUUCCUCGAUCAUCGCUACCCUCAAGCCACACCUCGCACUAAUGAAGAAAAGCGUGGCCUAGUCGACAACGCAACUACUCAGCAAAUGCAGGCCUGGCGCACGGCCGCCACUUACGCCGACGUCGCUAAGCCUGAAGAUACGACCCUGAAGGACAUCAUCAAGAAGCUUCACACCCUGGUUUUAAUCUCUACAGGAGAAGAGGAAGCCUACAGCGAGGCCGUUAGGCUCGACAUCAACGAGAUCAAAGGCACCCUAGCCCUUAAGGACUUCUUCAAGGCCGCAGGAGUCUAUGACGCCAACUGGAAGACCAUCGUAAUGAUGGAGAUGAUAAAGGCUGAGAUGAAGGGCUCUACACAACAGGACCUGCCCUACUACGCCAAAACGUUCAGGCUCAUCUGCGAAAGCCAACUAGGAAAGGCCACCGCUUCCAAGAGCGCUUUUCCUACCUUCAACGGCAAGCCAGAGGGCGAUCGACCAACCUACAUAUGCCCUUGUCGACCCGAUGCCGCCUUCCACAAGCUAGAGAAGUGCUGGGCUCUGCAGGAGGUCAUCACGGGCAAGAAAGGCCGGCACUCCACAGACAAAGACUUCAUUCAGGUCGGCGAUACCUGCUUGGCUAUUGAAGGCAGAGGCACCUGGGUCAUCAAGAAGAUCCUCAACGGCCCGGAAGGAAAGAAUACGGUUGAUCUGACCCUCAAGGAUACGGCCGUCAUUCAGAAUUUCCACGUCAAUGUCGUCUGA